AUGGCAGAUUAUACUGUUCUUCCCGAUCCGGAGGAUGUUGAAGCAGAGCCCGUUUUCUCAGCCGAUGGAACACUUUUGAUCCACGUUGAAUCUGCUAAAGACUUGCCUAAUCGCCGUAAACUUGACAAACAGAACCCGUAUGUGACUCUUCGUAUGGGUACGACUGCAAAAAAGACCCCAUCCAUCUUUCGUGGGGGACAGAGGCCGACAUGGGAUCACGAUCUCAAGUUUGAGAUGUCGCGAGAAAGGAAGCCCAUUCUAAUAAUAGACGUAUUGGACGAGACAAAAAACGAGCCCACGCCUAUUGGACAUGUAGAAAUUGACUGCUCGACUGUUUUGCAUCCCGACAACGAAGUUAAUGGAGAAUAUUUCUUGAAGGGAUGGUAUGACAUGACUUUGAAUGAGCGGAGAGCUGGUCAAAUUCUUUUAGACUUCGCUUUCUAUCCGCACGCUCCUCUUCUACCACCCAAAAUUCCAGCAAAUCAGGACUAUGGUAUGACCCAAAGUUAUGACCAUGGAGACAGCCAUAGAAGCAGUAAUCUGUUUGACUCUAGAGGUGGAUAUCUGCGUAGUGCCAGUCCCCAAAAGGAGCUUCCUCCAUCUCCCAAAAUGAGAGCGCCUUCUGUGGCAGAUCAGAUUUUCGUUUCUGAAGACAACAUCAAGAAACAGAAGAAGUUCUCGCUUCUGUCUUCAAGUAUCCAGGGCUUUUCGUCACAUGCUAAUCGUGAAGUCUUUAUAAACGGCGCAGAUUCAGGUAAGAAACUGGGCAGAUUUUUCGACAAGUUGAACAAGAUCAAAAGCAAGUUCAAUGUGUCUCGGGACGACGCCAACACUGUGUGGUUAACUUCAGAUGCUCAGCUCACUGCAGAGUCUUCUCCUAGACGCUCAGCUUCGCCUAUCAGUUUGUUUGGACUGGAUGAUGAGAACCAUGUGGAUAGUUUAGGAACACCGGUAGUUCCACCUCAUUCUGUGCAUUCCAUGGAUUCCAACCAAUUGCUGACUUCAGCACGUAAAGAGGGUCACUCCAGAUCACCACAACGAAAGCCACCUACUGAUCUCCAAGACGAUUUCCGGAGCUUGAACCUCAAGAAAAGCGUCUCUUCCAUUCCUUUCUCCGCUGAUUCCAUAGGUGAUGAUUAUGGACAUGUGCCGACAAAGGUAUACCUAUGUGAUGAGCCAGUAACGCCCCUAGACAAAAAUAAGAAUAUCGACGGUGAUGACAUUGCAAUCUUCCCAACCCCCAGAGAUCAUUUCACCAAAGAAAGAAGGCUCAAAGACGGACACGGAGUCAAGGCUGAAGAUUUCAAAGUAGACUUUAGAACUGAGAAAACAGGCUAUUUAGGCGAUGGACGCUUUUCACCGUCUGUAUUCCAAAGAGUAGACCAUUUCGACUAUGCCGAAGAUCUUGGACCAAAGCCUACUGUCCCUCCAAAGAUACCCAAGGGAUUCACGGCUCAGGAGUAUUAUGCUACUGAUAGAGAGAGUUAUUUGAAGGAUAUAAACGGUAAAAGAUUUUAG